AUGACGGAACAUAUCGAUAACAUUCGAUUAAAUGGAGAUCUUCGUUAUCGCUUUGAUUAUCUAUCCAAAUUUGUCAACUUCAGUCAAAAUGAUAUCGCUGCUUUGAAUACGUUAGCCACUACGGUUCUGCCGCGUGUGCCUGUUAUUGUUGAUGCUGUUUAUAGAAAAUUAUUUCAAUUCGAUGUCACGAAAAAUUUCUUUGUUUUGCGUAAUGACGGAUUCGAUGGCAAGUUGAAAGACGAACAAUCAUUAACGUUAGAAUCGGCUCAAAUGACUUAUCGUAAGGAUAUGUUAAGUGGCUAUUUGAAACGUUUGUUCUUACAACAAGAAUGGACGGAUGAUUUCCUUCAAUAUCUCUCUCGUGUCGGUCGGAUGCACACAAACAAAAUGGGUGCGGCGUCAAUCAACGUCGAUUUCAUUCAUAUCAAUGCAACUUUAAGUUAUAUUGAAACACUUCUGAUUGAAGUGGUAUGGAAUGCGGAGACUUUAGAUAGCAAAACGAAGAAGGAAAUGUUAAUGGCGUUGAAUAAAGUGUUUCGUAUCCAGAAUGACUUCUUUCUCUUACAUUAUCUCGAACCUGCAAAGGAAGAUGAACCACCACGACAUCGCAAACGAACGGAUAAAUGUGCAUGUAGUUGA